UUCAUCUCUAGCACACUGAUAGUUAAUUGAUUGUACAAAGUUACAGGUCAGCUUUUCGGCAAGAAAAAUUUACGAAAUAAUCUGUUGCAAUGAGUGAAUAUGAGUUUUCCGAGACCGCAUAUACUAAAAUCAUAUUCCAUGCGGCCAAAUAUCCACAUCAAGCCGUAAAUGGCCUACUGCUGGCCGAGAAAAAGCCCAAGGGUUCAGUUGUGCAAAUCAUUGAUGCUAUUCCACUUUUUCAUCAAUGCCUGCAGGUCACACCAAUGGCUGAAAUAGCUCUCAUGCAGAUUGACUCGUAUGCCGACAAUGAGGGACUGGUGAUUGCCGGCUACUAUGCGGCUCCAGAGAACUUUUACGACAAUCAAAUUGAAAAGGCGCCCGCUGCCAAGAUUGCGGACAAAAUACAGGAGAAUUUCAAGAACGCAUGCUUUGCGAUAGUCGACAAUAAGCUAGUCACAUUGGAACACAAUCGAUCUGCACUGCAGGUUUACAGUUACUCGAAUGAUUCGAGUCGCUGGUCAAAGGCCAAGCAUUGGUUAACGCAAUCGUCACAGACUCUGGAAGGCGUGUCACUCCUCCUGAAGCGUGGAGCGAUGCGUGAUGUUAUUGAUUUCGAUAAUCAUCUGGAUAAUCCUGAGAAUGACUGGACCAAUCAGUUUCUGAAUCAAUCGCUGAAGGAUCUGCAAAAGUUAUACUAACUAAUGAAUAUUGUAAACCAAUGUGCCACCUUGAGUUAAGUCCUUGGUGUUCCCUGUAUCCCCCUAAGUAUGUUAUAAAUUAUAGCGAAAAUGGUGUUUUUAAAUGAAGGAGCAGAGCCGGAAA